AUGACAAACACUAGAAAUUAUUUUUAUGAUAAAUUCGUAUCACAAUAUCUGCAAGAACAUUUCUCGGUUGCAAUAAGACAACGAUUAUUACGUGGCUGCUCGGAAAGUCAACCAAGUUUGACAGGACAUUCUAAUGAUCAUGUCAUCGAGGCAAUAAUAACAGAAGUGCGCAAUAUUGACGAUGAAAUCGUAAGAUUACAUCCAUCGUCAAGUUCAUUAACUGGUUCAACGCUGAUUUCAGUAAUACUGGAACGUAACCGUUUCUUAACCGUCAUAAAUAUUGGUGAUUCUCGUGCUGUUGCAUGUGAUAUUACUGGUAAUGCUAUACCACUUUCAACUGAUCAUAAACCAUCAAAUGUUCGUUAG